UUCCUCCCCAGGGGUCCCUGGAGGUGAGCCUGAGCCAGCCCACCCGCAGCAGCAGUGGCUCAGAGCGGUCUCUGCUCGUUGCGGAGGAGAUGCGCAGCCUCAUCGUGGAGAAGGGCCCAGGGCCAGUGGAGGAUGACCCCGACGCUCUUGUGAAAGGCUGGCUGCAGCGGGAGGUGCGGGGUGGCGUGAAGACCCCGUGGAUCCGGCCUCGGAAGUACUGGUUCGUGCUGACUCCCGACUCCCUGGACUACUACAGCAGCAAUGAGAAGGGGGCCCGGCGGCUGGGCUCCCUCGUGCUCACCAGCCUCUGCUCUGUGCUGUGGCCGGACAAGCAGACCUACAAGGAGACGGGCUACUGGAGCAUGACAGUGUUUGGCAGGAAGCAUUGCUACCGCCUGUACACGGAGCACCUGAACGAGGCUGUGCACUGGGUGUGUGCGGUGCAGAAGGUCAUCGACAGCAAAGCACCCGUCCAGACGCCCACCCAGCUGCUCAUGCGUGACGUUGAGGAGAACUGCGGCAGCCCUGAGGUCCUGGAGCAGAUCUACCGCUGCAACCCGAUCCUGCGCUACACCAGCAGCCCCCUCUACGCUCCCCUGCUGCCAUUCCACUAUGGCAGCCUGGACCAAAGCGCCCCUGGCCCCCGCAGCUACACCACGCUGCGCGAUGAGGCUGUGAAGCUCUUCAACUCACUGCAGCAGCUGGAGUCGGAGCGGGACCCAGUGCCGCUGAUGCAGGGCGUCCUGCAGACCUGCCUGGACCUGCCGCCGCUGGUGGACGAGAUCUACUGCCAGCUGGUGAAGCAGACCACGGAGCCGCCGGCGCCGGGCGGGCAGGGCGACCUGCACUACUGGCAGCUGCUCACCUGCAUGAGCUGCACCUUCCUGCCCUCCCCGCCCAUCCUGCGCUUCCUGCACUUCCACCUGGACAGGACAGAGAGCCGGUUCCCUGCCUCGGAGAUGGCCAAGUACGCCUGCUUUAUCCGGGAGGCACUGGGGAAGACAAAGGGGCGGGAGUGCGUGCCCUCCCUGGAGGAGAUCCUGGUGCUGAUGCGGCGGCAGGAGAUGAUCUGCACCGUGCACUGCCCGGGGGCGCCUGCCUGCAGCGUGGCCAUCAGCUCCCACACCACGGCCGAGGAGGUGGCCCGGGAGCUGGUGUCACGCCUGGGGCUGUCCCAGAGCCCCAACCUCUUUGCCCUCUAUGAGCAGUCCCGGCGGCGGGAGCAGCCCGUGGGCAGUGCCACACUGCUGGCUGAUGUCCUCACCAAGUUUGAAAACCUGGCCGGGGAGGAGCGGGAGCAGGACCCGCCGUGCCGGCUCUGCUUCAAGCACUACGGCUUCCUGGAUACGGACAACGUCCCGCGCGACAGCCUGGAGUUCGCCCUCCUCUUCGAGCAGGCGCACGAGAUGGUGCUGCGGGGCUACGUGCCCACGUCGGAGGAGACGCUGCAGACGCUGGCGGCACUGCGCCUGCAGAGCCUCAACAGCGACUUCUCCACCCACGCGCCCUUCCCGCGCCUGGAGGAGCUCUUCCCGCCCCACGUGCUGCACGCCCGCCUGCCAGCCCCCCGCCGGCUGCUGGCUGGCGGGCUCUGGGGCCAGGCGCUGGCCAAGCAGCGGGCGGAACGGGACCAGCGCCUGCGGGGCCGCCUGCGAGAGGAGGGGGCCAGCACCAUGGCCGCCAUCGUGGAGAAGUGGAAGCUGCUGCAGGGCAUGGGCCGGCCCGAGGCCAUGGCUGCCUACGUGGCGCUGGUGCGGGAGUGGCCUGGCUUCGGCUCCACGCUCUUCGAUGUCGACCUGCGCGCGAGCCCAGUGGGAGCUGGGGCCCAGCGGCUGUGGCUGGGCAUCGGGGCCAAGGCUGUCUCGCUCUACAAGCCGGGGGAGCCUGAGCCCUUGGACAGCUUCUGCUAUGGCCGCAUCUCCUCCUUCGGUGCCUCCGACAGCAGCACCUUCCGCCUCUCUGUGGAGGACCGGGAUCUGCUCUUUGAGACCUCCCAGGUGGACGAGAUCGCCCAGCUCCUCAACACUUACCUCGCCUCCGCGGGUGCCCGGCAGCCGCCCCAGCCCCAGGAGUCAGCCACCAGCCCCCCUGCCUCGGACCCCACUGCGCUGCCCCAGGGGCUCUGCCCCGCAGCCGGGCCCUGGCAGCACCAGCCACCGGUGGGCUCCUUCCACAGCUAGCCCGGCGGCCAGUGGCGGCCACACAGGGUGCUCCUGAUGGAUGGCAUGGUGGGGGACAGCUGGCCCGGCAGUGAGCGGCAGGUCAGUGCUGGUCCCCAGCCACUCCCUGGAGCAGGGGGACAGGGGCUCGUGCUCUCCACGCCGCUGUUGCCUUUCUGGUUAUUUCCUUAAUUUAUUUCGAGACGCCCACACCCCCCACGUCUCCCAGCACUUUCCCUGGAGGGCAGCAGGGCCGCCAUGCCGCGGACCCCCCCCCCCCGUGCUGCCCCCAGGCCUGUCCCCGUCCCUUGUAUCCUGGUGCCUUUGCCUUCAGCACUUGUGCUGCCUGGCAGCUCUGCCAGUACCCUGGCUCCUGCUGCCCUGGGGGCUUUGCCUGGGGCACAGGGUGCUGGGCAGUGGUGCUGUGCCACCGUCUGUCCAUCUGCUGACCCCACCCCUCCUGGAAAGCUGCGGGCGGCUUUUGGCCUAGCUGCCUUGGGGACCAGCAGUGCUCCUCGCAGCCGAGUCCUGCUGCUUCGCAGUGGCCCCGUGGCAGAGCUUGUGGUGCAGGGGUGGCCAGUGGUGGCGUGGCGGCUGGUACGGCUGGGGCUUGGCCCCUCAAUGUUGCCUCUGUAAAGUUUGUCAGUUCUGUG